AUGUCGCUCGAGGACCCAGUGUCCAAGCAGAAGCGCACGAGACUGAGUAAGCCUAAGGUGCGCACCGGCUGCAAGACCUGCAAGACUCGACGAGUCAAAUGCGAUGAAGGGAAACCCACCUGUAUUCGCUGCGCCAACGCCGGGCGAAUAUGUGACGGCUAUGCAACACCUAAACAAGCAUCCCUCCUACCUAGGCCAUUGGCACCCGCACCAGCAGUCGACGAUCUGAUUGAACCGCCUGCGCUGGAAUUCUUCUUCAUCAAGACUGCACCACAGCUAGCAGGCUUCUUCGGAGGCGCCUUCUUCCAGCACAGCGUACUCCAGCAGAGUCUCUCCGAACCAGCCAUCCGCCAAGCGAUCGCAGCCAUCGCCCUCCUGCACAAGCAAACAGCGACAGGGCGACAUGGUAUGCCCCAGGGAAACUCCCCACCAAACGUCCACAUCAAACUAUACAACCGGUCCAUCCGCGCAGUUCUCGACAAAGUCGCAGCCAGUCCCAAUGCAACCCCGCUACUCGCAAUGAUAAACGUGCUCUUCACCUGUCUCGAGAUCAUCCAGGGCAACGCCAAAGCCGCCGCAGGCCACAUCACCUCGGGUAUCAAGCUGCUACAAGCGUGGCGGGAGAAGAAUGGCAGGCCCGCCGCGCCCUGGGGUCGCAAGUAUACAUCCUUUGAGGCGCGGUUCAUGGAGACAGAGGUGGCGCCGAUACUGAGCUUAUGCAAUACUAACGCGGUUGAAUGUGCCGGCGGCCAUCGCAAUAAAUUCCUUUUAAACCCUGUAGACCAGCACGGGGCAUUACUGCUCGCCACACGCUUCGAGACCCUCGAAGAAGCUCGCAUCGGCCUCAUCGACAUGAUCACCGACGCGACAUGUGUCUGCACCGGGUUAGACGAUGGUCUCGUCCACAGACCGCUCGCCGACAUCGACGCCGUCGUGGUCUCCAAAUCUGUACAGCAGAACCUCGGGAGAUGGCAGCGUAACGUGGACGAACUCAUCCGCCAACAAAAAUGCACCUGGGACACGAAAGAGCAGCAGAUCGCCGACGUCAUCAGCAUCGUCAGACUGGCUACUACAUUCGGUGUGCGAGCGUACGAGGCGCAGUCCGAGUGUGAAUGGGACCAGCAUCGAGCCGAGUACGAAGACGUGAUUCGCUUCGCCGACGCAUUAGUCUCCGAUCGAGUCCGGUUUCCGGACGAGUUAUCUCGCACGUUGAGUUUGGACUUUGGUCUGAUUUUCCCGCUGCAUGCUGUGGCGUGGAAAUGCCGCUGGCCUAGGCUGCGGCGGCAGGGGUUGGAUUUGUUGCGUCGGUCGCCGCGGCGGGAGUGGCUGUUUGAGGCGGAGCAUUACCGUGCGAUAUUCUCUCGGAUGAUGGAGAUUGAAGAGGAAAGUUGUGGUCUGGCACCGGGUGUGCGGCCGGAUGAUGACUGGGUUCCUCCGGAACAUGUUCGGAUUUGCGACUUUCUUGUUGAUGUGCGGUAUGCGCCUCCCGGGGAGAUUCCUAUCUAUCAAGUGACGUUCUUUAGUAGGCCUCAAGGUAUUGGUGGUCCUUUGAGUUCGGUCACUGAAGAGAUGCGACUGGAGUCGUCGCAGGCUGUGGAGGCUGCUGUACCGACGAAUAUGUUUGGGCGUAGAAUGGAGCGCAGGCAUCCGGGUCAUUGA